AUGCCAGGCGAUAAGCACAGUUUCGAGCGCCGCGCCUCAGUGACCCAGCAGCGUCGGCUGUCAUCGCAGUUUGAGCGCAAUGCUUGGCUAGGACCUCCAUCAGAUACCAUUUACGCGGGUGUCUCCAGCUAUUUUUCUCCAAAUCAUCGCACCUCACUUGUUGCAAUUGCAAUCCGCGACACUACCUACCUUUUGGACUUUUUCGAGAAAGAGUUCAUUAAUGGCCAGGCAUGUCCGGAAGAAGCAACCGACUUCAUCAUAUCCGAGUUGAAGAACUACUCUAAGAAACACCUGGAGAAGAUUGUGGGGCUGGCAAUGCCCAGGCAUGUCGCAGACCAUUGUCCAGUACUCUGCUCGCGCCUCUGGGCGGAGAUCGAUAUCCUUCCAUUGGUUCUGCCUGAAUCAGCCUUGGUGGAUAGGGUAAGUGUCGGUCCGUCAAUCGAGGCCCCUAAUCCUAGUGAAGCAAGUGCAUGGGAUCAAAGAACAGUUGAUGAGCAAGCCGAAUCCAUGGGACGCAAGUGCGUCAGGUUGUUUGGACCGGAGAACAUUCCCCUGUUACAAGUUGGCUUCCUCGGUCUUGUGGAAGUAGACACGGCUUUUCAUGUACGCUUGGCGAACCUGCAAGAUUUCAAGAAAACAGUGUCCAGUCGAACGUGGUCAGCAGUGGAACACUACACCGCUGAUUUACAAGAACGCAAGGUAAAGAUUGCUUUUUUCAGCGCAACGCCGCAGGGUGGAGGCGUGGCUUUGAUGCGACAUGCUCUCGCGCGAUUUUCGCAUUAUCUAGGCACUGAUAUCAGAUGGUACGUUCCGAAGCCACGACCCGGCGUCUUUCGAGUUACAAAAACAAAUCACAACAUCCUCCAAGGCGUUUCACGUCCUGGCGAACGACUCACAUCAGAGAACAAGGAAUUGCUGAAAGGGUGGAUCGAGGAGAACGCAAAACGAUACUGGUCCCGCCGUGGUGGACCUCUACUCGCGCCGUCCGAAGGCGGUGCAGAUGUGAUCAUCGUCGACGAUCCCCAGAUGCCCGGACUGAUUCCCAUUGCUAAAGCAAUAGCACCAAAUCGCCCAGUCAUCUUUCGAAGUCAUAUCCAAAUCCGAAGUGACUUGGUCGCCCAGGCUGGGACUCCCCAGGCGGAAGCGUGGGAGUUUUUAUGGAAACAUAUCAAACUCGCCGAUUGCUUUAUCAGUCACCCUGUGAGCGCCUUUGUGCCACAGGAUGUGCCAACAGAGAUUGUGGGAUACAUGCCCGCGUCAACCGACUGGCUGGAUGGGCUGAACAAAAACAUGCGGGACUGGGAUGUGGCGCACUAUGGCCGUGUCUUCAAUGCAGCUUGCAGGAAUGCGGAGAUGCCGCCUAUCAAAUACCCAGAGGAUUCGUACAUAGUACAGAUCUCACGAUUCGAUCCAUCCAAGGGGAUCUUCGAUGUACUGGACUCGUAUGAAAAGUUCUACCGCAGACUAGUAAUGGAGCUGCCAGACAUGGUACCCCCAAAACUAUUAAUCUGUGGCCAUGGAUCCGUGGACGAUCCCGACGGAGCCCUAAUCUACGACGAAAUAAUAGACCACCUUGAGAACAACAUCCCUGACAUCCGGCAUCUUAUCUGCGUGAUGCGCCUACGGCCAUCCGAUCAAGUCCUAAACGCCAUCUUAUCCAAGGCGGUCAUCGCCCUGCAGCUAUCAACGCGCGAGGGCUUCGAAGUGAAGGUCUCCGAAGCAAUCCACAAGGGCAAGCCUGUGAUCGCGACUCGUGCCGGCGGUAUCCCGCUGCAGGUUGAGGAUGGGAAGAAUGGCUUCCUAGUUGAUGUUGGUGACACUGACACUGUGGCGCGGUAUUUGUUCGAGCUGUGGACGGAUGAGGUGUUGUAUAACCGUAUGUCGGAAUAUGCUAGCCACCAUGUCUGCGAUGAAGUCAGUACCGUGGGCAAUGCACUGAACUGGCUCUAUCUUGCGUCAAAACUAUCCCGUGGCGAGCCUGUCCGGCCUAAGGAGCGCUGGAUCAAUGAUCUCGCGUUCGAGGAAAUCGGUAUUCCCUUACCGAAAGACACACCACAGCUAACGCGUGCAGUCGAAGUCGACAAAAUGGGCUAG